UGGUGCUAUGACCUUUACUGCUCGAAGGCAGACUCAAGUUCAUACUGAAAGCUUUUGGGGUAUGAGUAGCUCUUGACUGGUUAUUUAGAUGUGAAUAUCUCGGCGAAGGUGGCCGAGUGCGUGCAAUCCUCAUGCUGUCUGGAAGCGAUGCUUCCAAAGAUCGUCGGCGCGACGAAGGUUCGGAUGCAGGGUGGUUUGGGUCGUUAUUUCUGGAUGGGUAUGGAUCUGCGGAGAAGAGAGAGGUAAGGCGGGCAGAGAGAGAGGCCCGCUUGUCGACGUCGGCCAUUCCAGCAUUUGCAGGCUGGAGCGUAUGCACAGUCACUCGACGUCACUCUCUUUAGGUCAACCUAUUACGGGCGUCUAGAACAAAACCACCUCUUGAACGUUGAACUGCAUCAUCUUACAGUGCACUAGUCAGUGGCGAAUGGUUGAGUAGUUCUCCAUAUUGAUCAGUUAGAAGUCCAUCAUAUAUUUCAUAUGCGUUGUUGCUAAUCACAGGUGUAUGAUUGUGUUCUAUCGUCCAUUCUAGAGUUGAUUCCGUUCUCUCGAUCAUGAGAUUCUCCGUAGGGUCACCAUGGUUGCGGAUGUGCAACAUCUGUUGCACACCUUUCACAGACCGCACACUUCUCUUUUAUGUGAAAUAGAUGCCAGGAAGCGGUGCGCGUACGGUCAGUGAUUUGCGGCGUCCGUUAUCAUGUACUGUUGAAUAUUUAGGUUCUAAAUGCCUGUCUGACCGCCAGUGCACAAUUUCUCUCCUUGCUCACCUUUAAGCACGGUUCACCUACUCGCUUGUCGAACGCUGCUGACUUCUAACACGAAUGUCCUGGAGACCUUGGAAGAGAUGCUUGCGCAAUACGUCCUUCGAGAUUGUUACCACAUCAUCUUGUACAGCCUUAGCAUCCACUGAACCUCCAAACUCGUUAAAAUCGCUGAAGUCUGUCUCUUCGACAUCGACACUGGUAAACCUUACCGGAUCCCAGUCAAAAUCGGACCCCAAAGCAUCCUCCGACUCCCUUUCCAAAGGGUCUCUCCCUAGCUCAGCCUUCAAUCCUUAUCAGUACCCUUGGUCAAUACAUCAGUUAGCUUUGGAACAGCCCGAGCUACUCGAAGACGGGGUAGAAACCCGUCCGCCAAGAAGAUCACAGUUUCCAAGAUACGGCCAUUCUCUUGCUUCUACUUCUGAUGACCGUUUCGUCUUGUUUGGUGGUUUCGUUAACGAGAAGCCGUCGAAUGAUGUAUGCAUCAUAAAUCCAAAAGAUCUUACUGCGACGUCUUUGGACACAACGGGGGAUAUACCUUCACCUCGGAGUGGUCACACUGGUGUGAUGUACAAAAACUGUAUGAUCGUUUGGGGCGGCGAGACUCGGACGGAUAAUCAUGAUCUCAGUGCAUCAGAUAGGUCCGUAUACCUCCUUGACUUGGCGACUUCCCGCUGGCAUCGAGUCACCGUUGAUGGAGAGCUCUCGCCGGAAGGUCGAUCAGGACAUGUUGCAGGGGUUGUCGAUGCGAAGAUGUAUAUUUUCGGUGGUCAAAGAGGAGAUGGCCAGAUAUUGAACGACGUCUGGGUCAUACAUCUCGCAAAAUGCGAUGUGGAUUACACUGCAAAGUGGUAUCAUCUCAAUCCCGGUGUAAAUUCACCUCGCCCUCCCGCAUUGGUAAAUGCCGCCUGGACGAAGUACAAGGCAGCACUCAUAUUAUUCGGGGGAACAGAUGGAGAAUACCAUUAUAGUGACGUGUGGGUGUACAAUACAGGAUCGCGCACAUGGGGCAAACUCCGCUGUGACGGCUAUUUUCCUGUGCCAAGGGAAGGUCAUGGUGUCGCAAUGGUUGCAGACAUGUUUUAUGUCUUUGGAGGGAGAGCGCCGGACGGGACGUUUUUGGGAGACCUUGUUGGAUUCCAAAUUUCAUGUAGACGUUGGCACACGUUUAGAGGCUUAGGACCCGCACCGAGUGCUCGAUCAGAGCACACAAUGAUCUCUAGGAAGGAUCAAGUCUAUGUAUUGGGUGGGCAUCGUACAGGCGCUAUGGACGCUAGUGCAGAUGAAUCCAUUCCUAUCAUACACAUUCUCGAUGCAGAUAUAUGGACAGAUAGAGUAUUCCAGCUUCCGCCUCCGAGGGGCGCUCCGCCGAGAGUAGCUGUAUGAUACACAAUCACAGUGCCUCCGAUAACUAAUCGUCCCAAAGGCUGUCCCUGUCACUAGUCGAACUUCAAAUACACUACUUACCGGAACGGUGCAUAACCAUCAAAGUAUUAUCAUCACAUGGUCCAUCAUACAAUGAUCUAUACCCAGGAAAGCUAGCAGAUACAAAAAGUCAGAGACUGGUUCUGUUAUGCGGCAGGGUCUGGCGGCGUCCCGGAAGGCUCGGAGGAUUUGGUCAGGGACCUGUCUUAUGCCGAGCAGGGACGCAAGAGGACGGAUGAGGUAGAACGUUCGAGUCCGAUGAUAUGAUUGUUUGUUGCUGUCGACUAACUAUCUGGGUCUCAUGAUAUAUGUUGGGAACAGAGAACGGACAUUACAUUGACAACGGCUAUCCGCUUGUGAUGGAAAGAGUUUGACGUCGAAAUCGAGUCGUGAAAGCAGCGUUUCCGGGAUUCAUUGCGUAAUGAAUUCUGGUCGGAGGCGACUUGCAGUUGACGCGUUGAGAGGUAAAUAUACCCGCGAGACAGUG